GGUAAGAUUUCAUCUAGUAUUUCCCUAUUGUCGUAUAUAUAGGUUCACCUCAUCUCCUACUGAAGACAAUUUCUCCAGACAAGCCCUCUUGGACCACAAUCAGACUACUUCGGAUACCAGUAUGCUGUGGAUCAGUGUCCUUGUCGUGGUUAUCAGUACUGCUGUGGCUCAGGACUUUAACCCAAAUCGUAAUUAUGGUGCAGGAACGAGUCCUUCCAGAGAUCGUUUAUAUGGAUCACAGAGGAGAGUGUUGGACACGACCUUUCAGGGAACGUCCGUGCCAAAUGGACAUAGCACCCACGUGCGUGAUCGGCAAUACCAUGACCAGGUCGAUACUGGUUACGGCCAAUCACGGUCAAAGAAAGUCCUUCAUAAGCCAGUGGUAGACACAGGGUAUAUCGGCCAAAAACAAGUGCAUCGUGAAUAUGUGAAACCUGCACUGAAUGGUCAUUUGGAUAGUGGAUAUGUCAAGCCAAAGAUUGCUAGUCCAUUGGAUACGGGAUAUGUACAGCCUAAACUUGUUGAUCCAUUAGACCCAGCCUCUUUCCUUCUCAAAGUAACCAGUCCGCUAGGCAAAGAGUAUGUUAAACCCAAGAUACCAGGUGCCGGGGACUUAGGAUAUGUUGAUCCCAGUCUACUCGGUGGUCUUAUACCGCAUGAUCCAUUUGAUACAGGAUAUAUAAAGCCUAAAAUCGCUGGUCCGUUGGAUCCUGGGUAUGUAAAGCCUAAAAUCGCUGGUCCAUUGGAUCAUGGGUAUGUAAAGCCUAAACUUGUUGAUCCUUUGGAUCUUGGGUAUGUAAAGCCUAAACUUGUUGAUCCUUUGGACUCCGCAUAUGUUCUUCCCAAAGUAACCAGUCCGCUAGGUAAAGAUUAUGUUGAACCAAAGAUAUUAGGUCCCGGAGACGUAGGGUAUGUCGAUCCCAGAGCAUUAAGCGGUCCAAUGGCAGGAGAACUGAUUGAUCCAAUGGUAGGACAUGGACAGGUACAUCCAACGCCCCCUGUCGGACCGUUUUAUGGUGAACGAGCCAAUAUACCAGGCGUCAGUACCAGUGACUUUGUAGCUGUGGAAACGGAAAACAUCGAUCCUCUUGUGAGGAGAAAUGAUUUGAUAGACCCUUCGUGGAAUGGUUCACCAAGAAACUCUUUAGAUCAAAGUUUCCCUGAACAAAGAAGGUUGCCAUCCACAAUUCAUUCGGAAAGAUUAACACGCCAAAGAAACAUGGAAGACGCCGCACUUACGGCGAGGAGGAAUGAUUUCAGAGAUCCUUCGUGGAAUGGUUCACCAAGAAACCAUUUAGAUCAAGUUUUCCCUGAACAAAAUAGGUUGCCAUCCACAAUUCAUUCGGAAAGAUUAACACGCCAAAGAAACAUGGAAGACGCCGCACUUACGGCGAGGAGAAAUGAUUUCAGAGACCCUUCGUGGAAUGGUUCACCAAGAACCCCUUUAGAUCAAGGUUUCCCUGAACAAAAUAGGUUACCAUCCACAAUUCAAUCGGAAAGAUCAACACGUCAAAGAAAUAAUGUGCCGUUUGAUCAAGGUUUUUCUCAGAGCCGACAACGGAUGCUACCACUGUCAUCAAAACCAAUACCACCACCAUUGACAAAAAAGACUGUCACGACGAAAAAUAUAAGGAAAACUGCUGAAGAAAAGCGAAGCUAUUACAAGAGUUUACGACAGUUCCGAGGCUGAACCAACUGCCCCCAAUCCGCAACAUGUGCAAUACUAUAAUCCUGACUGUGAUAAGAAAUCGUCUUUAUGAACAGUCCAUGAUAACAUAUUCUUUCCUGGGACACGAUCCGCCGUGAUUAUAACCUCAUCGUUGAUGUGUGGAAUUUGACAAAGUGAUGUGAUAUUGAGUGAAUUGAUAACAGUUAUGUAAAUCUUCAUUAUGUACGUUAUAAAUUAUGGAUUUUUUUUGUUAAGUAAGUGCAUAGUUGUGUGCAUGUGUGUGUGCGUGUGUGCGUGUGUGCGUGUGUGCGUGUGUGAGUGUUUGCAAACAUGCCUGUAUGCGUGCGAGCGUGCACGUGUGUGUUCGUCUGUUCAUUGGCAAUAUACAUAUUUACAUAUUAGUCACAAAAAAUAUUACUUUAUGGGCUGAUUAUGCUAUGGAAAAUAAUUUCACUUUUAUUUUAUAUAUCAACAAUAAUUAAAUUAACUUAAAUUAAACAUCAAAUCAUUCCUGAGACCAGGGAACAUGUUGUUCAAUCAUUACAUAUAUAUUACAAAAUUGGAAUUCAAAAAAGAAACGUAAGUAGACCUAAGGUCUUUUGCUGUUAUACAGCUCAUUUCAUUGGUCCUGAAAAGCUGUGAAUAGAUGAAUACAAGCAAAUAAGUUUAAGUAGCAACAAUGCAGACAAUGAAUUGGUCAAAAUUUCGAAGCAAUCUGCUCCUUACCGAGACAUGCACAUGACACAAAAUAAAACCUUUGGUCUAGUUUUUGUUUACUUGCCAAGCAUAUAUGGGGCGAGCCUUUUCGUUAUUCCGUUGUGCAAAGACAUAUCUUCAUAUUAUGUUUUUAUCACUCUUCCAUCUUAGAUUAAAACCCUGCGUAUAGAGUUUUAUUUUCAAGUUUUAUCUAUCAACGUUCUUUGAUACACAAUAUAAGAGUGGGGUUUCAUUAUUUAUAGCCUGCGACUCCAAGCUAACCGAGGAGGAAAGUUUUAACAUUAGCAUGUAACUAUUUUUCUCGAUUUCAUAUUUUGUGAUAUGAAAUUUUCUCCUGUUGGUGUCUUGGUAAAGGGGCAGUUUUAUUUGAAAAUGGAUCGAUUCCACUGUCCGCCCUGUUUGGAUUACUUAACUGCAUAUAUACAAUGUAUCAAUUUAAUUUCUUCGAGCGAAAUGCGAAUAUUGGACUUAUGUCAUUGGGUUAUAUUAUUCUUAAAUAGGGUAAAGUCGUUAUCGAAUUAAGAAAAAUGAAAGAAUAAUUUCCAUUAUUGUAAGGUUGUGUUACACCUACAAAUCACUGACAAAAUAUCAUUGAUGGCUUAUUUGCAUAAUGUGUAUUUUUUAUACUAUUUUCAAAUAAAAUGUCAAAAC